AUGGCAUCGACGUCACCAUGGGACACAACAUCGCCCGCGAGUGGAGGUGGAGGCCAGCAGCGUACCACCCAGGAUGUCGAGAACCUAGAGAAAAAGAGGGCGAGAGAUAGAAAAAGCCAGAAAGCGAUGCGCGAGAGAACGAAAUGGAACAUACAAUGUCUUACCCAACAAGUCGAACAACUGCAACGUGCACUCGACAUCGAAACUCGCGAGAAAAACGACCUGUACAACAGAUUUCUUGCCAUGUCGGAGGAGAAUGACCACUUGCGCGUUCAGAAAGCAGCGCUGCAGUUGCGGCUUCUUGGGAAUGGGCAGUCGCCGCCCGACAGCGCGGCCUCACCCACUGGCCUUGCACCCUACGAGGCCAUCCCUAUGAAUACCACUCCUACAUGCAUGUCAGACCAGAUCUUGCAAACAUUUGUCGAGAGGCGAUGGGAAGCGUACGCUUUCCAGACAGCCGGGCGCCUCGAGUACUACCCCGACAAGCCUGAUCUUAGCGCUUUGUUCGACGGUCGGCCUAAUCGCCAGGUAGAUGAGACCAGUUCAAUCGUUGGCGACAUUGUUAGGAGCUACACAGAAAUCGAUACGUUGCCCAAGAAGGUGGGAGUGCACUACAUCAUGAGUACGCUCCUCAAGUGGGAGGUGUUGAGAACCAAAGCCAGUUAUCAGGCCAUGCCGGAAUGGUUGCGUCCAGAGCAAAUCCAGCUUGAACGACCACAUGCAAGUUGGAUUGAUAGGAUACCAUGGCCCAAGAUUCGGAUUUAUCUAAUCGAACACCCUGAGGUGAAGUUCGAUGACUUUGCCUCCGCCUACAGCGUCUCAUUCGGCAUCAAGUGGGACUAUGAUCCGAAUCUCGUCAUCUUGGCUGCAGCGAACGAUGAGCAUGGCAAUAUACUCAUCAAUCCCAUCUACGAAGAGCACCUGAGGCAGCUCAAAAACUGGACUGUUGGCGAUAAUUUCCGACGCAAAUUUCCUGAGAUGACAGAAAUCAUUGACAGCUAUGCCAAAGAGGAGAAGCACGCCGGAGGUUUUCCAGAGGAGAUGCUUAACCCGGUACCUCUGCCGCGCUACGCGAUAUGA